UUAAAAUAGCCUCCACCUUCCCUUAGCUUACACUCUUUUGUGCACAAAAUCCCUUCCAUUUGAAAGAAUGGAUACUAACAUUCUCAAGAUCACAGUCAUUCUCUCCCUUUCUAUUUCACUCCUCCUAUCUUUGCAUCCUCAAGCAAUCUUCUCAUUGGAAAUCGAAGAUGAUGAAGAAGAUUACGUGCUAGAUCAUCCUCUCGUUAUCCCUAACUUUCGAUCAAGGAGCCGUUUCUUAUUACACACAAUGAAGAAAGAUAAAAUUAAGAAAGGUACACAUUGCAAUAUCAACUCUCAUUACAACAUAUGCAAUGGUAUUUCUGCGAACAAUGGUACCAGCUUAUUAUAUUGCUGCAAGAAACAUUGUCGCAAUGUUCUUCGUGAUUGGAAUAACUGUGGAGGAUGUGGCAAUAGAUGCAAAUUUGGGGAGCGUUGCUGUGGUGGAGUUUGUACCGAUGUUGUUUAUAAUGUUAAUCACUGUGGCAAGUGUGACAAACAAUGCUCGCCGGGGGUUAAGUGUGAGUUUGGAUAUUGUGGUUAUGCUUAG